AUUUACAUAAACGACCUACUGCUGAAGUGAUUUAUGAUAAGCUAUCGGAAUGGUAUAAUGUUAUAUACCAACCAGACGAGUCUGACGAAAUUGAUGAAUUUGAUGAAUCUGAUGAAUUUGAUGAAUCUAAUAAACUUGCUAAUGAGUUUAAUAAAUCUAAUGAAUCUGAUGAAAAGUUAAAAAUAUUUGGAGAAUUUAAGGCAGCUGAUAAUAGAAUUUACGAGCUUUCAAGAGAUUUACAAGAAUAUCCUGAUAUUGCGUACGCGAGUAAUUUUAUUAGUACAUAUAAUAUUUCUAAACAAUAUAAAGAAAAAAGCGACCAAUCUAACAUUAAAUACGAAGGUUCCGUUCCUAUUAAAUUUGAAAUACUUAAUUCCGGACAUUUAACAUAA